AAUCUCAUUUAUGUGAUACGAUAGAUCAUUAUGUUACAAGUUCCACAGUGUUGGACCAAAGGAGGAUCCUUGAGGGCAUCCACGUUUCAUCACAUUCCAGUCACUAGAAGCUUUGCCAGCUUUCACCCUGUUGAGCCGGUCUUUAAAAUAUGAACGCAUUAAUUGCAAUUGUCUCGCUUAAAAUGUCAGCUUAAGCGGAAAAAAAAUUAACACAGCAUGUUUGUAAAGAUUUUUCGAGUUUCCUCCGACUAGGGAAUGGGUAAAUAGAGUUAAUUUGUCGAGUUUUCAACUCAAAACAUUUUAAAAUUCGUGCUUGUGUGAUUAGCGCGCGAAGAGCAAAUAUCUUCACUCCACACAUGUUUACAUACUCUCAUGCAAACACAUCUCUCGGCCAAUCAGAGCGAGCGCAUACUAUCUUAGUUAUAUAUAAACGUUGUUAUCAGCUGUGCAGUAGUCUCUAGGGCCUGUUUACAUGGAGGUGGGGGACCCCAGAUAGGUGAGGUAACAUGCAGCGGGUCACCCCACCUGUCACGUAAACGUGAUCAAAUUAAAAUGAGAGAUUGUGUGGACAGGCGGGUUACACACCAAAGCGAGUUACCUCACCUACCUGGGGUCCGCCACCUCCAUGUAAACAGGCCCUUAGACUUCUCGUUUUUUGUUCUUAAUAUUUUAGUUGAUUAGAUCUCUUUUCUAGAGAUCCAACGUUGACGAGCAACAGGAUCUUGGUCCACGGUUUUUGCAGUAAAUUUCUUUAACAAAAAUGAAGUACGAAAAACUUUUAAGGCUUACAAGUUUUUUUUUGUUUUGUCCCUUUACAAGCAAUUUAUUUGUAAACGACAAGUUACACAGUGCAUAAGGAAAUGUACCGAAGCUUAUUAAUUUUUUUCUCCAAAAAUUCGGCGCUUAAAACCAUAGUAAUACCUCUUAGUACCGUAUUUACCGGAAUAAGCACAGCGUUGCUUAUUAAAUCCCCCAAAUGCGGUGCUUAUUUGAGGACGACGCUUAAUUGAGUAAUUACUGUAAUUUGCAGCUUAAGAUUUUAUUACAUUUACGACUUUAUUACAUUUAGGACAAAAUGUUAUUACAUUUAGGACUUUAUUACAUUUAGGGUCGUUUAUUACAUUUAGGCCUUCUACACCCCUCAUGUGAGCAUGGGUUCCCAAAUGUGGUGAACUUCGGUUGUCAGACAAUCACUUGUUUUGAAAUACUAUUAUUCCUGGAGAGGAUUGAGGAAAAUACUUUUUAUCCAGUGAAUUCAUUUAUCCUAAAGGCCCUCACUAUUAUGUUUUUCUUAAAGACAGUUUGUAUCCGUUUUCCAUGCAUAUUGUUUAAUUAUAUUUCUAUUUAAUACUUACUACGGUUUAUCUUUUAUGAAGGAUGUGUCUUCAAAUCAUCUUGGUGCUCGUGGCUGCCAGUGGAUGUGUGAUAUGCUACAAAACAACGUCACCUUACUUAAGAUAAACCUGUCGGACAACAACUUUAAUGACAAGGAUACAGUUUUUCUACUGGACGCCUUAAAGGUACAAAACAGCGUAAUAGACCGAUUUGGAUUUUUACGGCAAACGUUAAUCAUUUGUAGCAUGUGCAGACCAAGUUUCCCCUUUACUUGUCCUUUUUAGUUUUUAUCGGCUCAUUAUUUUUUUUGAGAGUUUCUCAAACUGAAUCUGAAUUUAAGCGUUUGAUAUAAACGUGACUGUGUUUCGGCUGCUUUACGGCUGAAAAUGAUAAUACUUACACUAAACUUGCCAGCUACAGCUGGUUAUAUGUGAUGAGGUAGGUUAAUAGGUUAUUUUGUCUUUGAUCCCGUUUCGUCUGGAAAGUCUGAAAUAUAUAAGAGUUUGGAUUAUCCCGUCAUAAUUUCAAUAACACUAUCAUUUUGUUUCUUUCCUGAAGGGAAAUGAUAAACUAACCUGGAUGAACCUUAGCUGUAACAAGUUCUCAGAGAAAUCAGGGGAUAAUCUUGGUCUAGGAAUAAGUAAGUUAUGAGUAUAACUUGAUAUCAAAUGCUGCAUACUAUGACCUUGAAAAAAGCUUGACUUUUGAACUGGCCAUGGCUUCAGAAUUUAGUCAUGAUAUCUUCUCGGCAUUGGCAACGGUUCAGUUCUACUGUUUAAUAAGUUAGUAACUUAGAAUAACUAGCUUCAUACACAACAUAUUCCUCAGAAACAGUAAACUUUUAGGACGAGUAGGUCAAAAUAACUGCUAGGAGCGGGAAUAUAAAAAAGUUUUGAGAGGGCGAGGCGAUGUGAUGUCAAAUUAUUGUAUCAUUCUUGACUAUAGACAAUGGCUAUAAUUGUAAUUCUUAAUUUUUUUAAAUCAAUUAUUUCAUUAGUUGAUAGUUAGUAGGUUUUUAACUACAUUAUAUUGUUAGGUAACUAUAUUAUAUUGUUAGGUGUCCCCAAUUAGUAGAGGGGUUCUUAACCCCAUCGGCUAGACAUUUCAAGACACAUUAAUAAAGUUUUAUGUUAUGUUAUAUAUAUGUUAUGCUAUACCUGCAGUAUGUGGGCUGAAAUUGUUAUUUUCUUCUGACUAUAUUAUUUUCGUAUGGUGAAUAUAAAUAUAAGAAAAAAGCACCGUAAGAAGAGUUUAAAAUAUCAUUAGCGAUACCAUUAUCAUUACCGUUAUUCUAACUUUUUCAUAUACAGGCUCCAACGAUUCUUUAGAGCACCUGGAUUUAAGCUGGAAUCACAUUCGACGCCAAGGUGCUAUUGAAAUUGCAAAUGGUUUACGGGUAAGUAAAGAAGAUCAGAACAGCCUUCUUUUUACAUUGCCAGGCGUUAAGACAUACAUGUACACGAUUGUGUUGGCCAGAAGUGCGGGGCUAUGUCACGCUCGGAACAAAGUGAAUAGAGAGCUUUAGAUUCUGAGACGUGGACGACUAAGAGCAUGAUGUUUUCUCAGUACUGAGUAUUGCCCGUGCGCGAACCAUUAGUGUUCACGCGUGAACCAAGCGUCAUUUGGGAGGGGAAAACGUGAUAACCGUCGUCAUUCUACUACGAGUUUUAGUGAGAAUGUCGUAGUGGCGAGAACAAGUUAUCAAAUCUAAAAAAGAUUUUUCAUGUUGCCUUCGGGAGAGGGUUUAACCUCCUUCAGCAUAUUUAACUGUACUAAGUUUUUUGGUGAAAAAAGUAAAAUGAGCUUUCCGAGGUUUAUUUAUUUUUAGAACACGCGCAAAAACUUCAAGUUAAACCUCGUACUCGUUCUCGUUCUUAAAUCUAAAGCUCUCUAAUGAUUCAAGCCUCGGCUGUCAGCAUCAGUAGUGAUGUUUUCCACAGAAAAAAACAUUGGAUAAGGGUUAGUUUAGUAUCUGAUGACUGCAGUAUUGCAGGUUAUCUGCUUUUUGUUUCUCUCUUUCAGACGAACUGUACUCUUAAGACAUUCAAUCUGUCCUACAACGGAUUUUCUAAUGAUGGAGCUGUCGCUUUGGGGGAGGCUGUUCGAGCGAAUAAUACACUCCUUGAAUUAGAUAUCAGGUUUGGCUACUACAAGACACUGUAGGAUAAUAGAAACUUACCAGACCCUUUGAUCACCAGUUGCAUAUACUAAUGUUUUUCCGUAAUGACCACAAUGAAGUCAAAUGACAUUUUAAUAUACGUUGGGUACCUGGACCAACUUUUCAGCAAACGCGCAACACCUGUGAAGUAUAGGUCUGUAUUUUGUUCUUGAACCACCCCUUAAGAAUAAUCGGAAACGAAAAAACCGUGCUUUAAGAAUAUAGACGCAUCUGAACUUAUGGAAGCACCUAUUUUAUUAACAGGUCAUUUGUGACUAUUAACUCCCUAUUUCUUUUUAGCAAUAACAGAAUAACAACGCAGGGUGCGAUGUGCAUCGCUAAAGGUCUUGAAGGAAAUAACACCCUCGAAAUACUAAAGGUAGCAGAUUAUCCUUGUAAAAGCAAACUUUUAGUUCUACUUGCAGUCAAGGGAAAUGGUAAUUUUCGUAGCUAACUUUUCUAUGUCUUAUAAUAGAUAAACGUUGAAUAAUUCAAAUUCCAUGACAUUUUUGCACUGCCGCAUCCUGUUAUGCUUUAGUAUAUGAUCAAAGAUGUCAAAUAUUAUUUCUUUUGUUCCACGAAAUACCGGAGGCUUUUUUUAAUAACCAAGAAUGUAACAUUCCCAUUUGAGUCGGAUGCAGAAUGACAUAUAAAUUGUAAAAGGUUUUUGAAAUGGUAUUGUCAGCAGUUAUUCUCGUUAUAACUAAAGACUGAGCUAUGAGGAAAGGUUCCAACAACAACAAUAUCUUUUAUUUAAACACGGUGGGUUUAAAGCUAAUAUAGCUUAUGGGGCCGUGUAAAAAAUGUUAAUAAAAUAAAAUAAUAAAAAUUAUUAAAAUUGAAUGUAGUCAGUAAAAGGUGAAAUAUGUACCAUAAAAAAUAUGAAUAGAAUUAAUAAAAGACGAAAUCACUGUAAAUUUGGGGACGACCCAUUUGCGGUGACUCUUCAUUAAAGUUCAAGUUUCUGAGGGGGUGUGACUUUUUUGCCCUUUUGCCAUAGUCCCUGGCGCUCAAAGCGGAUGGUUCUAAACGAUUCCAAACAAUGGAUCCUCUGUAAGAAAUAGAGUUUUUCAUAUAAUAAGUUUCAAAAUGUUGUACGCUGACACGAUGUUGAUGACGGAGGUCAUACUUAGACCCUUUCCUUUGGAUUAUAUGUUCCAAGCAUGAUGGAGUUAUGCAGUUGUAUAUAUAUUAUAAAUUAAGGUGGCUAUUUUGACCUUAUAAGUGUCGAAUAAAGAGUCCCAGGAUCACCAAGGAUCACCAUUGAGAUAAAUGUCGAAUAAAGAGUCCCAGUCCCAACUUAAGUAUGAGCUUUAAAACAAGUUUAUGCGUUAGUACCUUUUGUAUUGUACUCUGAUGACGUUAAAUUAGACCAUAGGAAGAGAGUAUGAAGUUAGCUUCUAUCUUGUAGGUAUUUAACGAUUUGUAAACAUUACGUUUUCCCGCUUAGGUUGGAAGUAACCCCAUCGGUACCGAAGGUGCAAAAGCUAUUUUAUCAGCAGCUAAGAACUUCGCCGACAGCGCCUUGACAGAAUUGCACUUCAAGGUAUUAUUAUUCUAUGAGAGUUCCUCAUGACUCGGUCGAUCGUUAUACUACUAUGUUUUGCUCACAUCUAACCCCCAUACAUUCGGUUUUACUGAGCAAACUUUGCACUGAGAAUGAAAGACUAGAAUAAAAAUUAUACCAGAAUUGUAUAAAAGUAAUCACGUAGGAUAAGGUUAGUCAGUCUCGAGCUUUGAAGUUCAGAAAAGGAGGAUAUACAAUUAGUCAGGUUUUCAAUAGUUUUUUUAUCUGUUGUCUAAUUUUUUUUGCCUUCAGAUCCAUCUGAUCAUGUGCCUUCUUUCUAUUGUUUGUUCAAUAUGCAUGAACUUGUGUAAUACGGCUUGAGGGAAUAUUAAAGGGGUUCUUUGCUAUAUAUGGAACGUAUAUGACUCAACCUAUUUACUCCUAUCACUAUAGGAUAUAUACUUAGACGAAUCCUUUGACCAGCUUCUGGGGGAAGUGCGUCAAGUGAAGCCUGACAUUCAAAUCAGAGCCAAUCUUCGUCCAGGCGUGAAGGACCCUCUGAGUGUUGUAAAGAGUUUUGUAUCAAACAAUCAAGAUCAAUGGAUGGAAUUUUGUCAGAAGUAUAAUGACUGCAAAGGGGCAAUGAAGAUUUCAAGAACGGACUUUGUGAAGUGCCUAAAGGUACAUAAUAGUCUUUUCAUAUCAGCGUUCAUGUAGAGAUUUAUUCUUCUCACUUCGAUUCGUCGGCACUUCCACGUUAUAAUGUUUGCUGUGAUAAAAACCACGUACUUAGCAUUAACAAAGUAUUCAUCGGCGGAACAGGCAGGAAACAUAUGUCACAUAUAUGCCGUCUUUAUUAGUUUUCUUGGCACUCAUACUUAUAUCGCUCUCAUUCAAAAGCCACGCCCUACCCCUGUCCACAAUUUCAUUUCGUGAGGGCAAUAAAGUGUUAGGCUCUGACAGAGGGAUAUAUUGCAGCUCAAAGCAGAAUUGCAGAAAUCAAAACAGAAAUCAAAAGUGACGCAAUCUGAUCUUCCUUCGACCUACGCUGGCUCUAAAACACACUUUCCUGCAGUGCUUGGACUCCAUGAUUUUUAUGUUUUAUUUUUGCAGAGGGCGGAUAUUACAUUCGGAAUAGAACAAACAGCUCGUCUGCUGGCACGCCUUGAUCCUAAGAAGGAAGGUUCUAUCAACUACAAGUACGUAACUUUUGAGCUGAUAAGUUAG